UUGGAUCCAUUGUGGAAUUAGAACCAGAAUGGUGUGUAUAUAUACCACUACCUAAUGUCAUCUCCUUCUUCAAACUAGUACUAACUAUUCUUCAUUUCUCCUUCAACAACACUCUAAACUUAUUUUUAAGAAACACUUUUUAGUGUCAUAAAACAACAACAAAGACAUUGAACAAGAAAAAAAAAACAUGAAGUAUGUUCUUGUAACUGGAGGAGUUGUCAGUGGACUUGGUAAAGGUGUUACAGCAAGUAGUAUUGGUUUACUUCUCAAAGCUUGUGGACUUCGUGUCACUGCUAUCAAAAUCGAUCCUUACUUGAACACAGAUGCUGGAACAAUGUCACCUAUUGAACAUGGAGAAGUUUAUGUCUUGGAUGAUGGUGGUGAGGUGGACCUGGAUCUUGGAAACUAUGAGCGCUUUAUGGAUGUUAAGUUGACCCGUGAUAAUAACAUAACUACAGGAAAGGUUUACCAGUCUGUCAUUGAUAAGGAGAGAAGAGGAGACUAUUUAGGAAAAACUGUACAGGUUGUCCCUCAUAUAACUGAUGCUAUUCAAGAUUGGAUAGAAAGAGUGGCCCACAUACCAGUGGAUGGAAAAGAAGGUCCAGCUGAUGUAUGUGUCAUAGAAUUGGGUGGAACCAUAGGUGAUAUUGAGUCCAUGCCUUUUAUUCAAGCAUUAGGACAUUUUUCAUAUAGAGUAGGUGCUAGCAACUUUUGCUUGGUUCAUGUGAGCCUUGUUCCUGUUUUGAAUGUUGUUGGUGAACAAAAAACAAAACCAACUCAACAUAGUGUGAGAGGACUUAGAAGCCAAGGGCUGACUCCACAAAUCUUGGCAUGCCGCAGCACAAUGGCACUAGAUGAGAAUGCUAAGACGAAACUUUCUCAAUUUUGUCUACUUCCGGGGGAAAAUAUAAUUACUCUUUAUGAUGUUCCCAACAUAUGGCACAUUCCUUUGCUUUUAAGAGAUCAGAAGGCUCAUGAAGCAAUAUUUAAAGUGCUGAACCUAACAGGUAUGACUCAAGAGCCUAAUUUAGAGGAAUGGACUUGUAGAGCCGAGUCUUCAGAUUUACUUCAUGAACCAGUUCGUAUAGCGUUAGUCGGGAAAUAUACAUGCCUUUCAGAUUCCUAUCUCUCAGUUCUAAAGGCCUUAAUUCAUGCUUCUGUUAGCUGCCACAAGAAACUUGUUGUGGACUGGAUUUCAGCUGCCAACCUUGAAAACACGACUGCGAAAGAGAAUCCUGAUGUUUAUAAGGCAGCAUGGAAGUUAUUAAAGGGUGCUGACGGUAUUCUUGUUCCUGGAGGCUUCGGUGAUAGAGGAGUGCAAGGAAAAAUUAUCGCAGCUAAAUAUGCUCGAGAAAACAGAAUUCCAUACCUUGGCAUUUGCCUUGGAAUGCAAGUUGCUGUCAUAGAAUUUGCGCGAUCCAUGCUUGGUUUAAAAGAUGCUAAUAGUACUGAAUUUGAUCCGAAUACCAAAAGUCCAUGCGUCAUAUUUAUGCCUGAGGGAUCAAAAACACAUAUGGGAGGCACCAUGCGUCUUGGAUCAAGGAGGACAUAUUUCCAGACCAAGUUAUGCAAAUCUGCAAAACUGUAUGGCUGCAAAAGCUUCAUUGAUGAGAGACAUCGGCAUAGAUAUGAGGUGAACCCUGAUUUGGUAACUAGCCUUGAAAAUUCCGGUCUUUCCUUUACCGGAAAGGACGAAACUGGUCAACGCAUGGAGAUUGUUGAGAUACCGAAUCAUCCUUAUUUUAUCGGCGUCCAAUUCCAUCCUGAGUUUAAAUCAAGACCAGGAAAACCUUCUCCUGUUUUCUUAGGGUUUAUAGCAGCAGCAUGUGGACAACUUGAAGCUGUUUUACAACACUCUUCAAGGGGAGUAAGCAGUGAUAUCGCAUCGGUCAAAACAUAUCAAAAUGGAUCGGCAACAAAACCACAAGCUUUUAGGCCAGAAUAUAUUUAUGGCAAUGGCAAUGGAAAUGGGUUUCAUUACUAAAUGGUUUUAUAACUACUACUAGUGUUUACUUGAUGUGUUAGAAAAUUUAAGGUUAAUUGGUAAAAUAUGGUGUUUGUUAAGAGAAGAUGUUUGUACAGUAAAAAAAAAUUGAAAGUUGGUAGGAAUUAGAGUUAAGGAGGAUGAUGAUACAGAGAGAGAUGAGCAUUGAUCCCGGUCUUUUUAAUGGGGGCUAGCUCUUUUAACUAAGUUUUACAAGUGUUUCUGAGUUUGGAACUCUUCAUGUUUGUAAUGGAUUCUUCAUGUUUUAGUGCAAUAGUACUACUGCCUUUGUUUUUUUUUU